CUAUAUUAUCAAAAUAAUUUACUGUCAAAUGAUAUGGUUAUGAAAUAUAAUGCCAAAACAUAAGAUGAUAGCCAAAGGUUGCCCGAAAUGUGAACAGCAAGUACCAGUGGCGUGCAAAGCAUGCCCUUGUGGGUAUUCGUUUUUCAAUGCAAGACGAACGAGCAAAGUUUUAUCACAAUCGGAUGAUCGACGUAGAACUCAACGUGUUCGUCGCGAAAAACCCGAUUAUUACGAUAUAUUAGAAUAUGAUAAACAAAUUAAGAAGAGGGGUUUGUUUAAGACAAAAGCAAGGAAUAGCGAAUGUGAAAAUGAUGAAGAUGGCAGUAAAAGGGAUGCGUCAAAACCCAGAAGGAAAAAGGUGAAAAAAGAGGAGGAAGAAGAAGAUGAUGUUAUGUUAGGUCUAAGUAUUGAAAAGCAAAAUCAAUGUGCUGUUAUCUUAGAAGAAUUAAACAGAAAAAUGCAACUGGUUAUGUGGAAACCAACAUAAAUGGAUGUUUAAAUAAAAUAGGUUUUUAAAUUUUAGAAAACUUAUAAUGACUCAUUUUUUUAAAUACAUUAAUAUGUUAUACUAUAACACAGUUUUGUAAAUCAAUGGAUUAAUUAAUGGUGUAACUGAUUACAUAAAUAUAUAUAAAUACAUAUAUUAUUUUAAAAAUUGAAUUAUUAAUUAAUAAAGUACUAAUAAAGUUGAAUAUGCACAAUACUGUACCACUAAAACAAUGUUAUAAAUUAAAUAUGUUAAUUAAAAGCAUUCCACUACGGAAGACAUAGAUAUAAAGAUAAUCAAUUGGCAAGGAAUUAUAUUCUUUUCAUUUUUUGGACGGUAA